AUGAUUGCGAUAGAUUUUUCUCGACGAGAAUCGACGUAUCUAUCACUAUCUUUGGUCACAAUUAGAGCUUUUGCUAUCAGCCAAUUAUUGGACCCGAGAUUUGAUUUUCUCACAAAACCAAAAACCGGUUGGAUAACUAUUUUAACAAAUUCAAUUGUCUGCGGAUUAUUGUGCAUUCCUCAAUUUUUUUCGUAUGCAGUAGAAACUCAUGAAUGGGUUCCGGCAGAAGAAUGUGAAAGUAGAUACCCGGAAAAUUAUACAAGUGUAGAGUACUAUUAUGUUGAAACAUCUUGGAUGAUUUUUGAUCUUUUCUCAAUGCAAACUAUGUUAGAUGCGGUGUUGGCUAAACAUGUUCCUGUAGUUUUAUUCAUAGUGAUGACAUUUGUAUUAAUUAGAGCGAUUCGGAAUGCCUCAAAGAGUAAAUUAAAAUCAGGAAGUAUUCGCAAAGAUGAUGGGGAUAAAACUUCAAAACUUGUUCUAUUCACUACAGUUUCGGUGAUUCUUGCUGAACUUCCAGUCGGAAUUUUAUAUGUAUUUCGAAGUUUCACCGAAGAUUACAUUGGGUGGAUGUGAGUGGGUUCAAAUGAGAUGAAAAUGUUCUCAAGUUUUCAGAGUCAUCAGUGAGGAAUUCGUGCAAUAUUGUUUCCUAAUUUAUGUAGUUAACACAACCUCACAUUUUAUAAUCUGCUAUAAUUUAUCUUUUCAAUAUCGAAAAACUAUUAAAAAUUUCUUUGGGAUUUCUGCUUCAAUAUCGGUUCCAAAAUCAAGUGUGAUAUCUGUGAGAAGUGUUGCUAUGACGAUUUAA